AACAACUACCAUAUUGGAUAAGGGGUAUUGUUUUCGUCCAGCUAAAUUUGGUGCCAUUUUGCCGCAGUUUUUGUCAAGUCAGGUGUAAAACACUGGUCGUGGGACUCAAUAGGUACCCAAGAGUAGAUCAACGGCUUACAGGUUUUAAUUAUGUACAGGAUUUGAAGAAAAAGUCCUUCGAAAUAACGUCACAUCGUUUUAGUGGAUCAGUCGAACAGACAGACAUGACAAGCCCCAGAGAAAAGCUGCCCUCAGUGAAGAAGAAGAGUGGAGAGGAGGAUGACGGACCCUUGGCAGAACCUAAAGAAAAGUUUGUCCCUAGAAACUGGUCUACAUUUAAAAAACAUGAAAAGGAACUGAACAAGCUGGGCCCAAUGGCCAAAAGCAGAUAUAUGGCUUAUGAAGAGCCUUCAAAAGACAUCCUUGCAGUAAGAGAAAAGACUUUGAAGCGACUCAAGGACUUGAAGAAAGAUUAUGAAAUGAAUCAUCCUCCUGUACCAGAAGAAGUUAUUAUUGAAAAAGACAAACAUGCCAAGUUAAUAGGACAAUUAAAAGCUGCAGAAGCAAGAAACAGACUGAGGAUAAUGAGGUUAAGAUAUUCAGCCAACAGGGCCCAAGAAAUCAACCACCUGAUCUCAUGUCAGCCUACAGCCAUUAAAGCAGUGAGAUUACAAGCUCUCGUUCCUUCCAGUGCAGAGAGGAAAGAUAAAGGGGACAGACUAGAUAAACUACAAAGACAUAGGAUAGAGUCACUGUUAGAAGACUCAAGGGGACUUUUGACCAACAGGCUAGCUUGAACUGACAAUUACUAUCAGUCAAUUUUGGAAAAUGUUUGUUGGAGAAGCCAUGAAGGUAUUUUAUAUACCAAGACAUAGAGCGAUUAAGAUUGAGAGUUGAAAUGCUGGAAUGGCUCUUGAGACCAACAAAAUUUUCUAUAAAAUUUUAGUGACCAAGAGAUUGAGAUGAUGUUACUUUGGUUACCCGUGAUGUCACAGUUGCAGGUAUGAUAUCAUAGGGGACAUGUUGGAAUACCUAUUGUGAUGUCAUAAUGAGAUAUGAUGUCAUAAUAACAUACAUGAUGUCACAGAUGGAAUAUUUGUGGGGUUUUAACUGCCAGACAAAUCAAAUAUUGAUGCUGAUGUUUUGAUAUGGGACUCCAGGCAUGCACAGAUGAACAUUGUUUAAGUUUUUUUUUUCAUUCAAUGGAAAAAUUAGAGGUGCUAUUGAUAUUAUAACAAAGAAAUCUUUUCCAGUAGAGUUGAUAAUAAGAUAUCAGCUCCAGUAAAUAUUUGCCACAGAUAUCAAGAUCAGUAUAUUUAGUGAAGGGCAUGAUUAUAACUGAGGUGAAGAUACUGUAAAAAUCAUUGCCUACAGAUUUGUCCUUAUGUAAUUCAAAAAUUGUUAA